AUGCUUCUAGAAAUCAUCUUCAGUAUCCAUACGUGGACGUUCGCAAUCAUUUUGACUAGCGCAUACUUUCUUCGCUCAAGACGUCGGCCGGUUUUCCCCAUCAUCAAUAGCCACCUCAACGAUCCCUUCAGUCGCAAGGCAAAUCGCGAAUACAGCACGAAUGCCGCGACGUUGAUCACUAAAGGUCUCGCCAAAAACCAAGGCCCCAUCACCCUUGCCAUUCCCAAUGGCCGCAAGAUCGUACUUCCGUCGUCACUCACGAGCUGGGUGAAAUCCAACAAAGACCUCGACCACAGAGAACUUGUGCGACAAGACUUUUACUCAGACUUCCCCGGUUUUGAAGGACUGACUCUUCUCCACUCUGGCGACAUGCUCAUGGACGUGAUCAAGACCAAACUAGGCCAGAACGAUAGUCUGAUGCCUACCAUGAAUAGGAGUGCGGCAAAAGCUAUUGAAGUUCACUGGGGAAACGACAAAGUCUGGCAUGCGAUCGAUUGGCAGAAGGACACCACUGGUAUCAUCGCACGCGUCGCGUCUUCAGUCUUCGUUGGUCCAGAAAAGAGCGACGAUGCGCAGUGGUUGGACGUCGUACAGGGCUACGUCGCCGCUUACUUCUCUGCUGUGAAUGAGCUCCAUGCAUAUCCCGCUUGGUCAAGACCCCUGGUGCAAAGAAUCCUUCCCAAUGCAUCAGCUUGUCGCAAGUAUGUCGUUCAAGCCCGCGACAUCAUGAACGAGGUACUUGUGAGAAGGCGACAAGAAGUUGAGAAGGCGAGUUUGGAAGGUAGAUCACCGCCACAAUACAACGACGCACUUGCAUGGACACAAACUGCAUCGGGUGGAAAAAUGGAAGCAGGCGAUGUCCAGUUGUCCCUUGCAAUGGCUGCACUGUUCACAACGAGUGAGCUUUUCCGCCAGGUCUUGAUCGAUCUAGCCGAGCAUCCUGAGCUUAUCGAGCCAUUGAGAGAGGAGAUAUCGCAACAAAUUUCCACACAUGGGGUAUCAGUCGCUGCCACAUCUGCCAUGGUCCUUCUAGACAGCAUUCUGAAAGAGUCACAGCGACGAUCCGCUCCCUUAGUGGGCCUCGAACGCGUGGUCCUGAAAGACGCUAUACUCCCGAGCGGCCAAAGGAUACCUGCUGGCUCGCACGUCAUGGUCGACUCUACAAAUCUAUGGGAUCCCACCGUUUAUCCCGACCCGGACCGCUUUGACGGCUACCGCUUUUUGCGCAAGCGUGAAGCAGGCGAUAAAACUAGUCAAUUUGUCCAGUCCGGUUCAGAGUUCAGUGUCUUUGGUGGUGGUCGUCACCUAUGCCCAGGACGGUUUUUUGCGAGUAAUGAGUUGAAACUCGCCGUGGCUCACAUACUGCUCAAGUACGACAUCCAGCUUGCAGAGAGGUAUGAGGUAAGGUCACUACAAUUGGGUGUAUACAAGGUCGUCGAUCCGAUGGUGAAACUUGAGGUAAAGAGACGGGAGGCGGUGGGCGUAGAUAUGCCAUUGUAA